AUGGAAGUUCUUACACUAGAGAAUGCUUUCUAUGUGCGAAAGGCCGGCUUCCAGAAGGCGGUCGUGAAGAUGGCUGUCUCGGGGAUUGGAAUAAAGGUGCACGGGGUGUCGGAGAUCACCACAAUUUCCGCGGACGGGAUAAAGGAAAUUGUGGAACACUAUGGUGUUGUGUCGCACACUGUGAAAAUAGUCGUGAAAAGCGGGGCUGUGCACAUUAUCGACGGGGUCAGCGCGGAAACUCUGGAGAACAUAAAGCAGUAUGCCAAAAAGCACUACAAGCUCAACAUAUACCACAAGGCGCUGUCUGUUGACGGGAACGUGCACGGGGACAUCGAGGUGCAGGACGUGUCUGUGGAGUUCAAGGCGCAGAACAAGUCGAUUUUCGACAUUCCUCUUGAGGCCGUUUCGAACGCAUACGAAAGAAAGGGCGAGGGCAUCAUAGACGUGGACGGGACGUACUUUGGGGUGUCCGAGAUUCGAUUUGGAAGCCUGAAGGAGGAGAGCAACGUGCUCCAGCUGAUUGACCGUAUAAAGAACUCGACGGCCGGCAGCGCCCAGCAGGAGGUGUUCUCGAUUGACGAGGUGGCGUGCAUUCUCCCGCGAGGAAAGUCCAAGCUGACGCUGACAGCCACCGGCAUGCUUCUGAUAGGAAAGCGGUACAGCCACCAGGUGCUUUUCUCGAGCAUUUCUCGGAUGUUCUAUCUGGAGAGAAGCGCAGACGAGGGCGCAGACGAGAUGUCGUAUCUCAUUCUUGAGCUGAGCACGCCUGUGCGCCAGGGGCAGACCCGGUACCACUUUGUGAGCAUGCUUCUGCCAGAGGACAAGGUGAAGAUUUCGCUGGGGAAGAACUCCGCAAUUGUGUAUGCAGAGGAAAACGAGGAGCUUCCUGUGGCGGAGGAGGAGAAGGCCAAGAUGGAGGCGCUUGGGCUGGAAUGUGUGCAGGAGGGGGCUCUGUCGGAGUGCGUUGUUGGAAUGAUUGAGAAGCUCUCGGGCGUCAAGCCCAUGCCUGCAGGGUCUUUUGUCACGUCAACGGGCGGCAAGGCGGUGAGAUGCUCGCUGAAGGCAAACGAAGGAUAUCUGUAUCCCCUGAAGAAGGGGUUUUUGUUUGUUCCCCAGAUUGCGUACAUUGAGUACGACUUGAUAAAAACCGUUGAGUUUAGCAGAGUGAACCUCAGCUCCAGAACCGCGAAGACCUUUGACGUCCGGGUUGUGAUGGAGGACAAGAAGGAGUACAUGUUCAACAGCCUGCAGAAGGUAGAGUACAAUGCGCUGGAGAUGCACCUUGCAAAGAAAAACGUGCACUGCCUGAACGAGGUGGUGGGCGAAACGUGGGCUGGCGCACAGUCGGACGGCGAGGACGAGGAAACAGCCAGCGACGAGACCAGCGACGAGCCAACCGAUGAAAGCGGAGCGGCCUCCACACAGGGCUCUGGAGAGGCUUCAGAGCACGUCUCGGGCGCGGACUACGAGGCAGAGUCUGAAUAA